UUGCGCAUUAUAACGAAGUGCGAACCAGGGUCUGAGAUCUACACCGAUUGUAUUAAUACCUUGCAAGCUGUUGAAGAGAUCGGUCGGUUAUCCUUGGACCAUGCACGUGACGUGGGCAACACAAGUGAACCAGCUGUACGACGUGGUCGGCAAGCAAGUGGACGUCAAGGGCGUGGAGGCUGUCAAUCUAGCCAGCGUCAUACAUCUAGUCGGCCUCCCACAUCUGGUCAGCGUCACACACCCGUGCCCACAUCUAGUCGACGUCCCACAUCUGCUCGACGUCCCACAUCUGCUCGGCGUCCUACAUCUGGUUCACGUCACACACCCGUGUCCACAUCUGGUCAGCGUCACACACCCGUGCCCACAUCUAGUCGGCGCCACACACCCGUGCAUGACCACACCAUGGAGGAAGCAAGUCAGACAACAGAUGAGAUGUCAGACGACACCGCUUAUGACGUAGGCUCCAUGGCACACGAUGAUACGGGUCCAUCCCAUACGUUUGCCCAUAGAGACACAUUUGGGUCCCCAUCCAUGAGGAGCGAUGGUACUUGCCCACCCACACCCCCUAGUACAUCUCUGUUGCCCACCACCUGUACGUCUCCCCCACUGACUGCCGGCCUUGCCCCCGCAGUUUUAGAUGGUAGAGAUGAGAUGAGGUUCAUGCCCACUCCUGGGCGACCCACCCCUGUUGCUGUCCCCCCUGAGUUUGUGCAUACCGAGUUUAUCCAGACACAGAUACCCACCCCCCCAUCAGAGCCUUCGCACAUCGAGGAUCGGCCACGAAGGCCGCAACGCACACGGACACAUCCUCCUGACUGUGGGACUGGACAUGGCAAGGUGAGACCAGUCAAGGAACCGGUGAGGAGAAGAAAACGAGAAUGAUUCAAGGGCAGAAUUUGUGCUUUGGGUUUGUAAUGGUAUAG